CAAAAAGGAAAAUUCCAAAAAUAAUUAAUUUUGAAACUAUCAUUGAUAAAUAUCCAGACGAUGUGUUUUAUAAUCAUUUUCGAAUGACUAGAAACACUUUUGAAAUAUUAUAUAACAAGUUGAAACCAACAUUUAAAAAUUGCUACCUUGGGCGAUCGAAAAAAUACAGCUUAAAAUAUGGUUUAUAUAUGACAAUUUGGAAAUUAGCUAACAGAAAUUCAUUUCGCGAAAUUAGUGACCGAUUUGGAGUAGCGCAGGGCUCUGCUUAUCGAAUUUUUAUAAAAUGUGUCACAUUGAUAGCAAAUUUAAAAAGCAAAGUAAUUAGAUUUCCUCGAACUGCUACUUCACAAAGGAAACUAAUUGAGGAAUUUGAAAAAAUCCGUUGCCGACCAUUCCCGAAUACAAUUGGAUGCAUCGACGGCAUGCAUAUUAGCAUCAGUAAACCGUUAAAAGAUCCAAUAAGCUUUUAUAAUAGAAAAGGAUUUUACUCAAUCCUUGUUCAAUUAUUAGUUGCCAGUUUUAAUAAUAAAUAUGCGGGUACGAAAUUAUUCCAAAUAUUACUUGCAUCUUCAUUAAUCACUAAUUAG